AUGGCGGAUCUUGAAGCAGUACUUGCAGACGUUAGCUAUCUCAUGGCUAUGGAGAAGAGUAAAUCAACUCCAGCUGCGAGAGCUAGCAAGAAAAUUAUCCUUCCAGACCCCAGCGUUCGUAGUAUCAUGCACAAACAUCUGCUGAAAGUGAACGAGGUGACCUUUGACAAAAUCUUCAACCAGAGGAUAGGGUUUUUAUUAUUCAAGGAUUUUUGUGACAAUGUCUAUGAGGAGCCAGUUCCACAGCUCAAGUUCUAUGAGGAUAUAAAAAAGUUUGAGAAGUUGGAGACAGAUGAGGAAAGAAUCAAGGAGGGCAGACAGAUUUAUGAUACAUACAUCAUGAAGGAGUUGUUGUCACAGUCUCAUACAUACCCAAAGUCAGCGGUGGAGUACGUGUUGGAUGCUCUGACGGUGGCUCAGAGGACUCGCAAGUUAGAUGCUGAUAUUUUUGAGCCCUACAUCAAUGAGAUCUGCAACUCUCUGCGUGGUCAUAUAUUUGAUAAAUUUAUAGAAAGUGAUAAAUACACACGGUUUUGUCAGUGGAAAAAUUUAGAAUUAAAUAUAAAUUUAACAAUGAACGACUUUAGUGUACAUAGAAUCAUUGGCAGGGGAGGGUUUGGUGAGGUGUAUGCAAUGAAAUGUCUAGACAAGAAGAGGAUCAAGAUGAAAGGUGGAGAAACACUGGCCCUAAACGAACGGAUCAUGUUGUCUCUAGUCAGUACUGGGGAAGGCAGUCCAUUCAUCGUGUGUAUGACAUAUGCCUUUCAAACUCCGGAGAAGCUCUGCUUCAUCCUUGACCUCAUGAACGGCGGCGACCUUCACUACCAUCUGUCUCAGCACGGCGUCUUCACGGAGAAGGAGGUGCGCUUUUAUGCUGCCGAGGUCAUGCUGGGACUCGAACAUAUGCACAGUCGCUAUGUGGUCUAUAGAGAUUUGAAGCCGGCAAAUAUUUUGUUGGACGAGAACGGACAUGUGAGGAUAUCUGACCUGGGUCUGGCCUGCGAUUUCUCUAAGAAGAAGCCCCAUGCCAGCGUGGGGACACACGGCUACAUGGCACCAGAGGUCCUGCAGAAGGGCACAGCUUAUGAUUCCAGCGCUGACUGGUUCUCAUUCGGUUGUAUGCUGUACAAGCUGCUCAAAGGUCACAGUCCAUUCAGGCAACACAAGACCAAGGACAAACAUGAGAUUGACCGCAUGACCAUGACCAUGAACGUAGACUUACCGGACACAAUGUCAGUAGAAAUGAAAAGUUUACUCGAGGGACUGCUACAAAGGGAUGUGGAGGAUAGGCUUGGAUGUUUAGGAAGCGGAGCUCAAGAAGUCAAAGACCACCCAUUCUUCAAAGGCAUCGACUGGGUACAAGUGUACCUGCAGAAAUACACUCCUCCGCUGAUUCCACCCAAGGGUGAGGUCAAUGCUGCAGACGCUUUUGAUAUUGGUUCCUUCGAUGAGGAAGACACCAAGGGAAUCAAGCUGUCAGAGUCUGACCAGGACCUGUACAAAAACUUCCCGCUGGUGGUCUCCGAGCGGUGGCAGCAUGAGGUGGCAGAGACUGUGUUCGAAACCAUCAACUCUGACACUGACAAGCUGGAGCAGAAGCGCAAGCAGAAGCCAAAGGCAGAUGAGUUGAAUUUAGCUGGACCUACCGACUGCAUCGUGGAGGGUGAGGUUCUGAAGCUGGGUGGACCCUUCAACCAGUCCUGGACAAAGAAACAUCUGAAGCUCUACCCCAAUCGGCUGGAGUUCUACCAGAAAGCCAGAGAUGGGACAGUGCCAAGGGGCAAAGGUGUCGAGUUGUACUCAAUGCUGGACAUCAAGGAAGUGGUGCCGGAGUUUCAGAGACAUCAGAAAAUGGAGCACUGCAUUGUUCUCAACCUUAAGGCAGAUAAAAUCAUCAUCACCUCGCCCGACAAGGUAUUAAUCAACCAGUGGAAGGAUGAGAUCAUUCAAGGCUUCAACCUGUCCACUCAGAUCAUGUCCAUGAUGAACAAGAAAGCCAGCAAGUUGUAUGGCUCCGACAUCCCAGGGUCGCCCAGCAUGGAGAGUCUACGAAACCCCCUGGAACAUCGUAACAGCAACGGCAAUGGCAGUAGUUAG